UUCAUAUAAGAAAGAAAGCAUCCAAGGGCUAGUUUAUAUUAUCUCUUGUAAGAAUCAACGGUUGAUAUCAAUUCAAACAACAACAAGGUUCUCUUAAACCCCUUUUGCAAAACCUCUCUAGGGUUUAAGCAGAAGAGAAAAUCACCGAGAACAAAUCCAAGGUUGCAGAAAUGGCUUUCUUUGGUAGAGUUGGGAAUAUAAUAAGAAAUGCAGCAAAUGUGAAGAUCAGUUCUGAGUUUAAGUUACGUUCUUUCCCGUCUGUUUUCCAAGCCAUACGGUGCUUUUCGAGUACUCCAUCUACAAAGCUGUUUGUAGGAGGUGUUUCUUAUUCUACGGAUGAACAAAGUUUGAGGGAAGUUUUUGCAAGAUACGGUGAAGUUGUUGAUGUGAGGAUAAUUAUGGAUCGUGAAACUGGUAGGUCAAAAGGAUUUGGCUUUAUUACUUACAAUACAGUUGAGGAAGCAUCAAGUGCCAUUCAAGCCUUGGAUGGACAGGAUUUGCAUGGCCGUCGGGUUGGUGUAAAUUUUGCCAACGAAAGAGCCCGUGGAGGAUAUGGCGGUGAUGGUGGUUUUGGUGGAUCUUAUGGAAACACUUCCUAUGGCGGUGGUGGUGGUGCUGGAUAUCAGGGUGGUUAUGGUAACUCUCCCUACGGUGCUGCUCCAAGUGGUGGUGGGUAUGGUGAUGCUGGUGGUAAUGUCACUGGAGGUUAUGGUGGAGGUGGUUAUGGAAGCACUUACAAUGAUGGAACUACUAGUGGAGGUUAUGGUGGCAACAAUGCAAAUUAUGGUGCUCCUGUUGGUGGUGGUGAAAGCAAUACUCUUAACUAUGGCAGUGCUCCCGCUGUUGGUGGUGGUGAAAGCAAUACUCUUAACUAUGGCAGUGCUCCCGCUGUUGGUGGUUAUGGCGGUGGUAACAAUGGGAAUUACGGUGCUGCUGAUACUGUUAACUAUGGUAGUGCUCCUAGUGUGGGUGGUUAUGGUGGUGGUAACAAUGCAAGUUACGGUGGUGGAGAAAGCAAUUCUGUUAACUAUAGUAGUACUCCUGGUGUUGGUGGUUAUGGCAGUGGUAAUGCAAGUUAUGGUGCUGCUGUAGGUGGUGUAGAAAGCAAUUCUGUUAACUAUAGUAGUGCUCCUGGUGUUGGUGGUUAUGGCAGUGGUAAUGCAAAUUAUGGUGCUGCUGUAGGUGGUGUAGAAAGCAAUUCUGUUAACUAUGGUACUGCUCCUGUUGAUGGUGGUUAUGGUGGUGCUUCUGCUACAGCUGCUGGUCCGAGCAACGGUUUUGCUGGUAGUCAAUACCCUGGAAGUGCAGCGGGAUAUGGCAGUGGAGGACUUGGACAUGGUGAAAGUGGUCAAGAAAAUUUCAGGAAUGACGAUCAUGAAGCGAAUGCUUUUGCUAAACGGGCUUGAUGGAGCCUUGGAAAGUCUUUAGGUGUUUACCAAAAUUAUGUGGAUUUGCUCCUGAUAUUCUUUUCUAGCAUGUAUAAUCAGAAAGAAAUGUGACUCUUAUUCUGUGCCCGAUCCCUUUGUCAUGAAUCAGGAAUCUAAAUUUUGUUGCAUGUUUUGAUAAAUUGAAAUCUUCACAGGAGUUUGAGUCUCA